AAAUACAUAGAUCCUGAUUUUCAAAAUAAAAUUUUAAAUAAAUUGUCUGGCCUAAAUGGGACUAGAUGACAAAUAUAUAUAGGGAAGUGAAUUAGUUAAUGUGUAUCAGUCGUUGGGUGUUAUUAUACUGUAAGAGUAGUCGGAUAAUAAAAAUUUGUCAAGAUGGCGGUAAAUCCGGAUCUACAAAAGGAAAGAGCAGCCGCAACCUUUGACACAGAGAAGCUUACUGAAGUUCUUUAUGGUGGGAAGAAAAUGGUGCAACGUCGAAGAUAUUUACAAAAUGUUAUUUUCGACGACAAAUACAUGAACUCGUUCAAGCCAUGGUGGAAUCGAUCCCGUAUUGAACAAUACGAAACCGCUAUCAAGAAAGGGGCGUACAUGAACAAACUGAUCAAGGAUCUGAACAUAACUGAAUUCUUGGAGCAAAGUUACCUCAAAGAGGCUGGUUCCAAUCACGAGGGACAACCAAUGGGUGUACAUCAGUCUAUGUUUAUCCCUACAAUCGAGAAGCUGGGAACCAACGAGCAAAAAGCAAAAUAUUUGGAACCAGCCAAACAAUUCAAGAUCAUAGGAACCUAUGCUCAGACUGAGAUCGGUCAUGGAACAUAUAUUCGUGGUUUGGAAACAACGGCUACAUAUGACCCGCUGACAGAAGAGUUCGUUAUCAACAGCCCAACAGUGUCAUCUAUAAAAUACUGGCCGGCUGCAUUGGGAAGCACGUGUAAUCACGUGGUAUUGAUGGCUCAGCUGUACAGCCAGGGUGUGUGCCACGGUAUGCACGCUUUCAUCUUGCAGAUACGAAGUAUGAAAGACCACAGAACGUUGCCAGGAAUUUCUGCUGGAGAUAUAGGUAACAAAAUUGGAUUCAACGCAGUAGACAAUGGCUUUUUGAAAUUUGACAACGUCAGGGUUCCCAGAAAUAGUUUGUUAUCAAGAUAUGCUAAGGUAGAACGAGACGGUACAUAUACACCACCAGAAAAUCCAAGAAUCGCCUAUGGCACAAUGGUGUUUAUACGUUCUCUCAUCGUCGGCGUGUGUGCCAAGUCUCUGUCACAAGCCCUAGUUAUAGCAACCAGAUACAGUGCUGUGAGAAGACAAACAGAAAUAAGACCGGGUGGCGAGGAACCGCAAGUUAUAGACUACCAAACACAGCAGGAGAAGUUGUUCCCGUUGUUAUCGUCUGCCUACGCCUUCCUUUUUAGCGGGACUGUGAUGCUGAAGGAAUACUUCAGAAUAAAUGCCGACAUUGACAAAGGAAUCCUUGAUGAAAUGGCCGCGCUGCAUGGGUUGGCCGCGGGGUUAAAGGCGUUUUCUGCAGAGGUUGCUAGCAACGGUGUAGACAAACUACGUAUGGCGUGUGGCGGCCAUGGAUACACUCACGCCAGCGGAAUCCCUAAAAUCUGGACAUAUAUGACACCAGCAUGUACUUAUGAAGGCGAAAAUACGGUCAUGUAUCUACAGUGUGCAAGGUAUUUAGUAAAACAAUAUGCCCAGGCGGCCAGUGGACAGACACUUGUAGGAUUUAUGUCUUACCUCAACAAUCCAGUCAAACAGAGAAGUUCCCUCAAUGAUGCCCUCAACAUGGCUGAUUUAAUUGAAGCAUAUGAACACACGGCAGUCAGGUUAAUUAAAGUGGCAGCAUCUAAGAUUCAGUCACUGGUUAAAGGUGGACUUCCUAUUGAUGAGGCAAGAAAUCGAUGUGGAGUACCUAUGGUGGUUGCUGCUAAG